AUGGGAGAGUCCCCCGGCGGUGAUUUACAGACCCCCCGCGCACUGCCCUCCACCCGGUGCUCCUCCCGGGCCUACAGCGGCUGGGUUGGGCUCGGGCAAGACCUCCGUACCACUCCCUCCCCUCCCAUCCCAGGGCCACAGACGUCGGGCCCCUCGGGGCUGGUACGAGCCGCUGUGAUUGGAGCUAACCAAACAGGCUGCCAGCAGCUUUCUGUAGCAGAGAUCACCAAUGUGUGCUUUGAGCCAACCAACCAGAUGGUGAAAUGUGACCUUCGCCAUGUUAAAUACAUGGCUUGCUGCCUAUUAUACCACGGUGUCAUGGUUCCCAAAGAUGUGAAUGCCACCAUUGCCACCACCAAGACGAAGCGUACCAUCCAGUUUGUGGACCAGUGCCCCACUGGCUUCAAAGUUGGCAUUAAUUACCAGCCUCCCACUAUGGUACCUGGUGGAGACCUGGCCAAAGUACAGUGAGCUGUGUGCAUGCUGAGCAACACCACAGCUAUUGCUGAGGCCUGGGCACUCCUGGACCACAAGUUUGACCUGAUGUAUGACAAGGGUGCCUUUGUUCACUGGUACGUGGGUGAGUGCAUGGAGGAAGGAGAGUUUUCUGAGGCCCGUGAGGGCAUAGCUGCCUUUGAAAACGAUUAUGAGGAGGUUGGUGUGGAUUUUGUUGAAGGAGAGGGUAAGGAAGAGGACAGGAAUAUUAAAGUUAAUAUGUCACGAAGGUGCUGCUUUUACAGGGAAGCUUAUUCUGUUUUAAACUUUGAAAAGCUGUGGUCUGAUCAGUUAAUGUGUAUGUAG